AUGUCGUUGGUAGAGCAACUCGGCCGUUUGGAAGAUUCGACAAAAAACUUGAACUCGUACAAUUUCGCCAAUCCAGGAAUGUUUACCAAUACAAGAGUCGAUACACCACCAAUUGAACUCAUACUCAAAGAUGCACAAGACGAUGAAAAACAUUUAUACAAAGUGGUCAACUCCAAAACCAACUUGGACGAGCCUGAGGUUGAGCGGAUUGACGGACAAAGAAGCUACAUCGAGGCUGAUCAACUCGAAGAGUCAAUCUAUGAAAACGCCAGGUAUGAUAAUUACUCGCAAUUUGAAGACUACGAGACUCCCAUAGCUCGAGUCCCCACCAUCUUGUCUCCGACCAAUCCCAGAAACACGCAAGUGCUGCUAAAUUUGGACAAUGUGGAUAACCCCAUCGAGCGGGUUGAACGACUAAUUGCGAUUGUCGCUAAACACCCCAAUUUGAUUGAAGACGCCGACGAGAUCAAUAUGAAGUUAGUCGAGUCGCAACGUGCAAUUGGCGAUUUGAUGGCGGAAAUCAACGCGAUGGAAAAUGAGAUUGAAGAGUAUAAAAGCGUGCUUCGCAAUGACUACAACGUUGCCGUGAGUCCCGUGAAGCGAGGAGCUGAGUUGAAGUUUGAGGAUGCUGAUGAUGAUGCAAGCGACCAGCUUAUUGAUCUUGAUGCCCUGAUACGACGAGAGGAGGAAGAGAUUGCGAGGUUGGAGCAUCAGAUGAACCUCUGGAAUGCCAGCUCAAGCUUUGGUGUGUAG